UGUGUGUGUGUGUGUGUGUAUUUGUGUAUGUUUUGGGCUGCGCGCGCGGAAGGUAGGGAGCGCGCGCGCCGGAGGUAACGGCUGCUGAGGUGCAACUGCCCUGGCUGCACCAAGGAGGGAGGUAGGGAAUUGGCAUGUAGUGAGAAAAUGGCAGUUCUACUCAAGACUGGAUGUUCUUCCUGAUUUGCUUGGCAGGAUGUGUGGGGCUUUUUUUCAUGGAGACUGAGAACAAACCUGGAAGGAGACAAAACAGCUAAUGGCUUCUGAUUCUAUGGUCCCAGAGCAAGCAAAGCAUCAUGUGGUAAAAGGCAGAAGGCAGCAGCCACAGGAAAGGUCACCUUUGAACAGUGAUGGUGAAGAAGAAACAUUUGUAUUCGAAGCAAAUGAAGCUUGGAAGGAUUUUCACAGCUCUCUCCUCCGAUUCUAUGAAGCUGGGGAGCUUUGUGAUGUUACGCUGAAGGUGGGUUCGAAGUUGAUCUCCUGUCACAAGCUUGUCCUUGCUUGUGUUAUUCCAUACUUCCGAGCCAUGUUCCUUUCUGAAAUGGCAGAAGCUAAACAGACAUUGAUUGAGAUCAAAGACUUUGAUGGUGAUGCCAUAGAAGAUUUGGUCAAAUUCGUCUAUUCAUCUCGACUGACUCUGACGGUAGACAAUGUCCAGCCUCUCUUAUAUGCGGCCUGCAUUCUUCAGGUAGAAGUAGUGGCCAAAGCUUGCUGUGAAUACAUGAAACUACACUUCCAUCCUUCAAAUUGCCUGGCAGUGAGAUCCUUUGCGGAGAGCCACAAUCGUAUUGACUUGAUGGAUAUGGCCGAUCGCUAUGCAUGUGAACAUUUUGCUGAAGUGGUGGAAUGUGAAGAUUUUGUGAGUGUGUCACCUCAGCACCUUCAUAAACUGUUGUCUUCCAGUGACCUGAGCAUUGAAAGUGAAAAGCAGGUUUAUGGUGCUGCUAUUAAGUGGCUUCUGGCCAAUCCACAGCAUCAUGCUACAUGGUUAGAUGAAAUAGUUGCUCAGGUGCGCCUACCACUGUUACCCAUUUGUUUUCUCAUGGGAGUAGUGGCAAAAGAAGAAAUUGUCAAGCAGAACCUAAAAUGUCGGGACUUGCUGGAUGAAGCAAGGAACUACCACCUUCACUUAAGUAGUCAUACCGUGCCAGAUUUUGAGUAUUCUGUACGGACAACACCAAGGAAACGCACCGCAGGUGUCCUUUUCUGUGUUGGUGGUCGUGGUGGAUCUGGCGACCCAUUUCGCAGCAUUGAAUGCUACUCUAUAAAUAAGAACAGCUGGUUUUUUGGCCCUGAAAUGAACAGUAGGAGGAGGCAUGUGGGUGUAAUCUCUGUGGGAGGUAAAGUUUAUGCAGUGGGUGGACAUGAUGGAAAUGAACAUCUGGGCAGCAUGGAAAUGUUUGAUCCUCUCACAAAUAAAUGGAUGAUGAAAGCAUCAAUGAAUACCAAAAGGAGAGGGAUUGCUUUGGCUUCUCUUGGAGGCCCCAUUUAUGCUAUUGGGGGACUGGAUGAUAACACUUGCUUCAGCGAUGUGGAGAGAUACGACAUUGAAUCUGAUCAGUGGAGUGCUGUAGCACCUAUGAAUACGCCCCGGGGAGGUGUUGGCUCUGUGGCUCUUGUGAACCAUGUAUAUGCUGUUGGUGGAAAUGAUGGUGUAGCUUCUCUCUCCAGUGUGGAGAAGUAUGAUCCUCAUCUAGAUAAAUGGAUAGAAGUGAAAGAAAUGGGCCAGCGAAGAGCUGGCAAUGGGGUCAGUGAACUCCAUGGCUGCCUAUAUGUGGUAGGUGGCUUUGAUGACAAUUCUCCGCUGAGCUCUGUUGAACGAUUUGACCCUCGCAGCAACAAGUGGGAAUAUGUAGCGGAGCUUACGACGCCUCGGGGUGGAGUUGGCAUAGCAACGUUAAUGGGCAAAAUCUUUGCUGUUGGAGGGCAUAAUGGAAAUGCUUACCUGAACACAGUGGAAGCCUUUGAUCCUGUGGUGAACAGGUGGGAGCUUGUUGGUUCCGUGUCUCACUGCAGAGCUGGGGCUGGUGUAGCAGUGUGUGCCUGCCUUGGCAGCCAGAUCCGCGACGUGGGUCAAGGGUCCAGCAAUGUGGUGGAUUGCAUGUAAAUUUGAAGACUUUGUGAAAUGCCACAAUACUUUACAACCUUUGUGCAAAGACAUUUUGAUUUUUUUUAAAGCAGUAUGUGUAGAUACUCAAAAGCUUUUUUUAUUUAUAGAACUUGUUCAUGUUCAUACCUGGUAGCAAACCAUGGUUUAGCAUUACAUGCAUGAGCUGAAUCAAGUUCAGUGCAUCCUUGGCCUUCUUUUCCUUCCUCUCUCCUUGGUCUUGGGCUAUGUUUAGCUUCACUUUCCCUGAAUCUCAGCCUUUCUUCUCAUCUGGACCAGGGAUCCUGAUUUCUCUCAAAUCCUAGUUAAACAAACCACCUUCAUAAGAGUCUGGCUUAUCUUGAAAUUCACCAGAGUUUGUGAUAAAUCAAUGCUUUGGAAAACAGGACUAGUUGAGAUGCAAGGAAUGUCCUUUUGGCCACAAGGGAAGAGAGGGCAUCCACGGCAUUGCCAGGGCUCAUUCUAGCUCAUGCAUGUAGCACUAAGUUUGCAAAUAUGGCCUCACCAGUUGUUUAGUACAGGGGUGAGGAACCUGUGCCUUUCCAGAUGUUUGACUACAACUCUCAUCAUUCCUGAUCAUUGUCCAUUCUGCUGACGCCAAUGGGUGUUUGGGUCCAACAUUUGGAAGGCAACAGGUUGGUCUGGCUUAGAACACGUCCCCCAGUGUUUUCAUAGUAACAGAGAUGUGGGGACUUCAUUUUAAGCAUCUUAUAACUGCCAAAGAUGUUGGAGAACCUUUCGUCUGUAUAUUUCAAAUGACUGGGAUUUGUCCUCAAAAGUUGGUACACUUACAAUUAUCACAGUUAUCUAAAGAAUCCUUUAAGACUUGUAUACAUUCUGUUUAAAAACUCUUGACUUUAUGUGUAAAUGUGUUCUACAGUUGUAACACUAUGCAGACCCAUAAAAGCCCAGAAAACUCCAGAGUCCUGAAAAGCGUUAAUUAGGAAAUUGACUUGAACAACACUUGAGAGAUUCUGGUGUUCUGAUAUCUUGGUUUUCAGAAACUGCAUUUGAUGCCAGUUUUGUUUGCUCAGGCAACACAGAUGAAUCGGUUUGUAACAGAACAACUACAUUCUGCUUCCUUGUUGAAAAUUGUACAGUAGAAACAAGGAUCAUGAACUGUCUGGAUCAAGGAUUAUGAAAACAUAGUGAUUGCUGGUGAUGUUGUAACAGGGUGAAGUAUAUUGCUUAUGAACCAUCUUCAUUUCAUCCUAAUAGCUAGAGCAGAGGCUUUCAACCUUUUUGAGUCCACAGCUCCCUUGGCCAACUACAUUCUUUCUGUGGCACCCCUGUGGGGCUCAGGAGCCCAGUUAUGUCACCCUUUGCCUGCAGACCUGGCAGCCUCUCGCCCUUUUUUCAAAUGCCGUCCCUUGUGGCGUGUUCUCUCAGCCUCCUCUCCUUGGGAGUCCUCUGGGAAGCUGCUGCCGCUGCCCCUAGUCUCUGAGCUCUCCCCCUGCCCCAAAGAGAGGGGCCUCCUCACACUGCCCCACAGGAAGAGGGUGCCCCCAGGCUUAGUGGCCCAAUAGAAACUGGCCAAAGGUGAACGUGAGACCAGCAGCUUACUUUGGGAGGCAGCAAUGACAGCAGUGGGUGCUGCUGAGUCUGCAUGGUGGAAAAGACUCACCUUCAGCACUGGGCACUCACCUCUCAGGUAGACCUUGCACACAGUAAGCACAAGAAAGGUCAGCACAGCACCUGGCUGCCUGCCAGGCUUCCAACUUGUUUGCCUAUUUGCAACAGCAAGGGCUGGUGGACUGGCUAGCUGAGCUCUCUUGCCCACUUGCUUGCUUACUCCAAGGCCACCUCAGCUCCUGGCAACCAGCACCCCAUGGCCAGCCCCAGAGGCUCCAUUUGCCUGGGGAGAUUGUAGCCAGGGCUGCUGCAACAGACAGCCACACAAACCUUUGGGAGGCAGAGAUGUGAGAGGGCAUCAGAGGGAAGGAGAGAGAGACAGAGGCCACUUUUGCCCACGGCACCCCAACCAUCAUUCAAGGCACCCCAGGGUACCACGGCACACUGGUUGGAAACCACUGAGCUAAAGGGAUUUUUGUGUCCACUCUCCUGCUGUUUAUGAAUCGCCUUUCUCUGUUUUUCUUGAGGUUACUGACUUUUACUUCAGUUUCCAACCUUGCAUCUGAACCCUGGACCAUUCCAUUUUCAGAUUUCUCAUGUGACUUUUGGGACAAUCGUUCAGCAAAUCAAUCAGAAGCUGGUCAUCUUGUGCUGCUCACCUUGAAUGGACUUUUCUGGUUAGUUUGCAAAGCCAGAAAAUAAAUUUGCCUUAAUGGUAAUGAAUGGGAUAGGUUUUUCAGUUUUGUUUUUUCUUACCUAUGUGUCGCGUGUGCAUGUAUGCUCACUUUAUAUUCAAAACAAUCAUUGCAAGUCAUUUCCCAAAGAAGUUCUUGGGGCCCAAUACUGCAGUGCCACCGCAGGAUGGAGGAACCUUUGUGGAAUCCCUGUCAGAUGGUGACUUUGUCCCUGGGUGAAUAUCUGCAGAGAUCCAGAUGAAAGGAUUAAUAUGGUAUGAAGUUGUGGAACUAGGUUGACACCCAGCAUCUCACUGUGUGAGCUCCUUGAAGAAGCAGCAGUACAUAAGGAAAAGUUUGUAGUCUUAACCCAUGCUGGUUCAUUUCCAUAUCCCCCUCCCCUUCCUGGUGGGAGAGCUAGUGUUUUGGAAUGGAUCAAGCCUUUCUCUAGUGGUUUAUGUGUGUCUUGUUCUAUUGUUAACUUAGAGGAGAGUACAGUUGUUAAAUCAUGCUAAAUAUUUCUAUUGGGCAGCCUGAAGGAAAGAUGAAAUUAGACUUGUGUGUACAUUAGUUGAAGGUUUCCUUAAUUUGCAGUCUUUUCCUUUUAAAAUUUAAUUUACCUGAUUUGAUGUAGUGGGUCUAGUUUUUAUCCCCCCCCCCAAUUCUUUGUCAGAACUGCACUGAAUUUCUUUUGUUCUGGUUACUUAGCACUCAACCUUUGGAGCUCUGCAUGUGAGACAGUGUAUAGCUGUAUUUUAAGAGCAAGCAUCUUGGGGCAGCUUUCCUCUGCUGUGGCAAAAGCUCACGAGGCAAGAAACAGUGCCGCAUCCUUUUAUCAUAAAGGAAAUCGGGCAUUUUGAUGAGUAUGCGAUUUGGGAGCUGCCUCAACACAGCUACAUACAAAAUUGUAACUUCCCAUCUCACAAGGGAAAAUUUGGGGGAAAUGUAUAUGGCUAAAGCUUUAUGCCUAAACAUUUUAUGGUGGGUGGGAUUGGCUUUGAGGCACAAUAUGGGCAUAACAACACUGUGUUUCUUGGAGAAACAGUUAUUUAAUGAUUCUCUGUAUGUAGUUCUAUCACUUUACUAUUGCACUGCCACUUCUAAAACCUGGUUUGUAUUAGUCUGUGGUAUCCAGUGGACAAAAUGCAGAAUGAAGUGGUGUGAUAUGUUGUGUGGAAAUUGGCAAUAUUGUAAUAAAAUACAUUUAUUUGU